UCUAAGGUUGUAAAUGAGUUAGAGUCUUUUGAAAUGGACUAACCCUUCAACUCAAUAAAAACUUGUUCGUUAAUAUAAAUGAGUUUAACUUUGAAAUUCAAUUUGUAAAUGAACUGAAUUUAAACUCAAUAAAACCCAUCUCAUUAAUUCUUGCAAACAUGUUUAAUUAGAUGCUGGUAAAUACUAAUAAAUUUGAUUAGAUAAUCGUAAACAUAUUCAAUUAAAAGUUCAUGAAUAGUCACGAGAUCUAUAAUUUUAUCAUAGCUGCCAAGUUUUUUAGCCGCCACAAUAUUAGUAUUAAUCUUACUCGAGAUAUAUAAUUCACUUGGUUAUGUUAUUUAGUGAGGAGACAAUGGUUGGAAAGAGGGAGAGGCAAUGAACGAAGAGGGGUCUGAUGAGACUUUCGUUAUCGGAAAGAGGCGACGAGGAGAGAGAAAUGGAGCUAAGGAGACGAAAGGUGGUGAACAAUGAGAGACAACAUGAGCUGAGGAGCUCUCGUGAACGGUGAAAGGGAGGGAGCCAAAGAGACAAUCGAAAAGAGAGAAAGAAAGAGAGAGUCGGUGAACUAGGUAAAUCGAAGAGAGAAAGGAGUUGAGGAGACGCCGUCGGAGAUAGAGAGCUGCUAGAUCUAAGAAGACGUAGUCAAAGAGAGAGAGUUGAGGAAAUGUCAAAGAGAGAGAUUGAGGAGAGAAAGAAAGAGAAAGUGAGUUGACUUUGAUCGUUUUCAAAAUUUUUUACCAUUCUACAAAAUUAAUUUUUAUGGCUUCUAUUACACGUGACGUGACAUUCUCUUGUUGGCCUGGAUCAUGAGUGAGUGCAAUUUUGUGCACCUCAUAUAAUGGGGGGUAACUUUACUCCCGUUAGUUUGGGGGGGGUAAAAAAAUCAUUUUGGAGAUCUCUUCCUAUCCCCUUAACCCACGUUGUCUCUUUCUCUCAUCUUUUUCUCGCCUUUUUUUUCCCCUAUCUCUAUUUCCCUUACUCUCAUCGCUAUCACUGCAUCCUUGUUGCCUCGCAUCACCUCAUCGUUGCAUCCUCUCUCUUCAAUGCGGUCAGUGAGGCGAGGCGACGAUGAGAGAAAGACGAUGAGAGGUUUGCUGGAGAAGAAGAGAAGAAAUGAGAGAGAAAAUGAGAAGAAAUGAAGGUUGUGUGUAGCGACAGCCGGCAUGUGAGAGGCGACAUGGCAGCGAAAGGAGAGGAGAAAGAAGGCAAUGACGGCAAUAGCGCGAGGCGAGACAAUGAAACGAGGUGAUGAGUGGCUUGUUGGAGAAAAAAAAGGAAGGGAAGAGAGGUCUGGAGAAAAAUAGGGGAUGCGUUUCUUUCCCCCCUUAGCGGUGAUGGUGAGAAGUGAGGCGACGGUAAUGAUGACGGCGGCUUGUGACUUGUUGGAGAGGAGAGGAGAGGAGUCAGACUAACGGGGGUUGCACAAAAUCGCACUCAUCACGAGUGGGGCAAUGGAUUGGUCCCGUGUAGAAUUUUCCAAGGAAGAGAGGCGGAGAAGUUGACAAAAGAUAGGAUUAUUAAUAAAGAUAGAUGAGUUUUCUGACCUCAUAACCGAGUGAACUAUCUCCAGUAAGAUUAAUACUAUUAUUAUUAUGGCGGCUGAAGAAGCUGGCAGCCAUGGCUACACAGAGGAUGGAACUGUGGAUCUCAAUGGCAACCCUGUCCUUAGUUCCAAGAGAGGCCGAUGGAAGGCUUGCUCCUUUGUUGUUGUGUACGAGGUGUUUGAGAGGAUGGCGUACUAUGGCAUAUCAUCAAACCUGAUAAUUUACCUGACGAAGAAGCUGCAUCAGGGCACUGUCUCCGCCGCCAACAAUGUCACCAACUGGGUCGGCACCGUCUGGAUCACUCCGAUCAUCGGCGCCUAUGUUGCCGACGCCCAUCUCGGCCGCUACUGGACCUUCCUCAUCGCAUCAGCAAUUUAUCUUUCCGGUAUGUCAGUCCUAACGUUGGCAGUUUCAGUCCCCGGACUAAAACCGCCUCAAUGCUCGGCCGCCGCCGUCCAAUCCGGCGACUGCAAGAAGGCCUCAACGCUUCAACGAGCAGUGUUUUACGGCGCACUCUACACGCUGGCCGUCGGCACCGGCGGGACGAAGCCCAACAUCUCGACCAUCGGAGCAGACCAGUUCGACGAGUUCGAGCCCAAGGAGAAGGCUCAUAAGCUUUCCUUCUUCAACUGGUGGAUGUUCAGCAUAUUCACCGGCACGCUCUUCGCCAACACAGUUCUUGUGUACAUACAGGAUAAUGUGGGGUGGACUUUGGGAUAUGGGCUUCCCACCGCCGGCCUGGCCGUGUCGAUUUUGAUCUUCCUGGCCGGCACGCCCUUCUACCGGCACCGGGUGCCCACCGGAAGUCCCUUCACGAGGAUGGCGAAGGUCAUUGUCGCUGCCGCGAGGAAGUGGAAAGUGCCGGUUCCCGGCGAUCCCAAAGAACUCUUCGAACUGAACUUGGAAGGGUACGCCAAGAAAGGAAAGUUUAGGAUUGAUUCCACGCCCACCUUGAGGUUCCUCAGCAAAGCCAGUGUAAGAACAGGUUCUACAAGUCCAUGGAUGCUCUGCUCAGUUACUCAAGUGGAGGAGACAAAGCAGAUGCUGAGAAUGAUACCGAUCCUAGUCGCGACAUUCGUUCCAAGCACAAUGAUCGCGCAAAUAAACACCCUUUUCGUCAAACAAGGCACCACACUCGAAAGAAAUGUUGGCGGCUUCAAAAUUCCCCCGGCCAGUCUAGCCGGAUUUGUGACAAUCUCCAUGCUUGUCUGUACGGUGAUCUAUGACCAGUACUUCGUGAAGAUGAUGAAAAAAUGGACACAGAAUCCCAGAGGAAUCAGUCUGCUUCAGAGAAUGGGGAUUGGAUUAGUCCUCCACAUCAUCAUCAUGCUAAUUGCAUCUCUAAUGGAAAGGUACAGACUAAGGGUGGCCAAGGAUCAUGGUGUGGUUGCAAGUGGAGGACAAGUUCCUCUAACCAUAUUCAUCUUACUCCCUCAGUUUGUGCUCAUGGGAACGGCUGAUGCAUUUCUAGAGACGGCAAAGAUUGAGUUUUUCUAUGAUCAAGCACCUGAGAGCAUGAAGAGUCUCGGAACAUCCUAUUCGAUGACUACGCUAGGAGUUGGGAACUUCCUCAGCAGCUUCCUUCUUUCAACUGUUGCUCACAUCACAGAGAAGCAUGGUCACAGAGGGUGGAUUCUGAAUAACCUCAAUGCUUCUCACCUCGACUACUACUACGCGUUUUUCUGUAUUCUUAACAUCUUGAAUUUCGUUUUCUUCAUGGUAGUGACCAAGUACUACGUCUACAAGGCUGAAGUUUCCCAUUCAAUGGAAGUUCUUAGACAAGAAUUGGGUGGACCAGCGCAGACGGUACCCGUCCAACCGCAGCCUGCUGGCUCUUAAGUUGUCUUCAGUCAAAUUGCUCCAAUAAAGCUAUUAUGUAUUUUGAUAUUUAACAAAAUAUAAUUUUAGUAAAAUUAUUUUUAGUAUAUUUAAAUUUCCUAAUGAAUUUUUGAUAUAUCUUAUGGUGGUAAAUAUAUUUUAAGUAUUAUAGUAUUUUAUGUAUCAAAACGAACUAAUUUUUUUUUAUUUUUCUAAAAAUCUAGACUAAGAGUCGACUUUCGAUGAGAGACAAUCGACUGUGGAUGUUCAUCAGUCGACAUAGUCAAACAUUAUUUAUGCAGACUCAAAAUAACCGAGAGUGGAUUUUGGCCAGUCGACUGUAGGCCAGUGAGAAUCGACUAUCUGUGAGAAGUCGACUGUGGGUUCAGCGAGAGUCGACUGUCGACAGCAAAAGUCGACUAUGGGUGUCGCGGAGUUGACUGCCUAUUAAAACAGUUGAUUGCUAGACUCCAAUAGUUGAAUUUUUCAACCGUUUAAAGAUCCGUUGGAAGCUCCAUUAUAAAUAUCAAAAUGAGAAAUUUGGAGAAGCCUAAUGCACAAUCAAGAUCCAUCACUCUAAAGCACAUCCAAGCUCUCAAGCACUCAAGAAAAAUAAUCUAAGGUUGAAGCUCAAAGAUAUAUCUUUUGGAGCCCAAGACAAAGGAUAUAUUCUCUCCAAAUGUGGUAAAAAUUGUAUUGUUGUAUUUGUAUAUUUGCCUUGUAUAUUGUUCUUGUAUUGGUAUCCAUUUUAAUCCAAGUGUGUUGGACAUAAGAUCGAUUAUUUGUA